GGUGUUGUAGGCAGGCAGCAAACAGUAUCAAAAAAGGGUAAAAAUGAUGACUCCAGGUGUAAUUUGGUGACGACUGUUAUUGGAUUUGGAUUGAGUAUUAUGUUUAUAGUGUUUGUGUGCUCGAGGCUGAUUUGUGCUAGGAUACAAUUGAGUGCAUCGCGGAGGUCUCUUGCCCGGGCGAAUGGAUCCGAUCUUAGCAAUUUGGAGGGGGGUUUUCAUGGUCUCGAGCCUCUAGUGCUGGCCAACUUUCCUAUGAUGAAGUAUAGAGAGUUACGCUUGUCCUCGAUAGAAAAUGAUUGCCAGAGAUGCACGGUAUGCCUGAGCGACUACCACGAGGAAGACACACUGUGCGUGCUUCCAGUGUGCAGGCAUUUAUUCCACGCAACGUGCAUUGGGAUCUGGCUGCAGCAGCGAUCAACGUGUCCUGUGUGUCGGAUCUCACUGCGCGAGCUUCCUGAGAGGAAGUGGUAUAUGCAGCCGAUGUUCAGCCACCGGAUGCAGUCAGUUAAUGCGCACUAUUGCCAUUGCAUGGCAAACUGGAAUAGGCCAAGAUUCAAUGAGCACGUCGAGGAGCCAUCAGCAGGAGGUGCAGUCAACAUCGGGCACAGAAACACGGACUUAGUUCAUGAAAAGAAUGGAAAACCAGAGAGCCCACCGCCGAACCAGUAGUGAGCCAGGUGUUGGUUUGGUUUCACUCUU